AUGAGAGAGAUUAUCUCUUUGAACGUCGGCCAGGCCGGGUGCCAGAUUGCCAACUCCUGCUGGGAGCUGUACUGUCUGGAGCACGGUAUCCAGCCCGAUGGAUACCUCACCGAUGAGCGCAAAAAGGCCGACCCCGACCACGGAUUCAGCACUUUCUUCUCCGAGACCGGCCAGGGCCGCUACGUUCCCCGUACCAUCUACUGCGAUCUCGAGCCCAAUGUUGUCGAUGAGGUCCGCACUGGUACCUACCGCUCCCUCUUCCACCCCGAGCAGAUGAUCACUGGCAAGGAGGAUGCCUCAAACAACUACGCCCGUGGCCACUACACCGUUGGCAAGGAGAUGAUCGACCAGGUUCUCGACAAGGUCCGCCGUGUUGCCGACUCCUGUGCCGGUCUCCAGGGCUUCCUCGUCUUCCACUCCUUUGGUGGUGGUACCGGUUCCGGUUUCGGUGCUCUCCUGAUGGAGCGUCUGUCCGUCGACUACGGCAAGAAGUCCAAGCUUGAGUUCUGUGUCUACCCUGCUCCUCAGAACGCCACCUCCGUCGUUGAGCCCUACAACUCCAUCCUGACCACUCACACUACCCUCGAGCACUCCGACUGCUCCUUCAUGGUCGACAACGAGGCCAUCUACGAUAUUUGCCGCCGCAACCUCGGCAUUGAGCGUCCCAGCUACGAGAACUUGAAUCGCCUGAUCGCUCAGGUCGUUUCCUCCAUCACUGCUUCGCUUCGCUUCGACGGUUCCCUUAACGUCGACCUGAACGAGUUCCAGACUAACCUGGUCCCCUACCCCCGUAUCCACUUCCCUCUGGUCGCCUACUCGCCCGUCAUCUCCGCUGACAAGGCUUCCCACGAGGCCAACUCUGUCACGGAGAUCACCUCCAACUGCUUCGAGCCCAACAACCAGAUGGUCAAGUGUGACCCCCGUAACGGCAAGUACAUGGCCACUUGUCUGCUCUACCGUGGUGAUGUUGUUCCCAAGGACGCCCACGGCGCUGUUGCCACCCUCAAGACCAAGCGCACCAUCCAGUUCGUUGACUGGUGCCCUACUGGCUUCAAGCUCGGUAUCUGCUACCAGCCCCCCCCAGCAGGUCCCCAACGGCGACCUUGCUCCCCUCAGCCGCGCUGUGCUUGGUCCGCUCUUGACCACAAGUUCGACCUCAUGUACUCCAAGCGUGCCUUCGUCCACUGGUACGUUGGUGAGGGUAUGGAGGAGGGUGAGUUCUCCGAGGCUCGUGAGGACUUGGCCGCUCUCGAGCGUGACUACGAGGAGGUUGCCAGUGACUCCAUGGAGGAUGAGUUGGAGGAGCCUGAGUACUAG